CCAGGAAGUUUACUGCGAUGCUAAGCUAGGCUUGGGCGAAAACUGUAAACAAGGAGUUAUUCUUCUUUAUUUCAUCGGGAUAGUUGCAUGGAUUCAACAUCGCGUUAAAGGUGGACUGACCGAUAGCAGCGGUCCCUGGCUAGAAAUGCAUGUCAAAAUAGUCUUAAUUGGCCCGACCGAGAGUGGAAAAACAGUUCUGGCUAACUUCCUAUCAGACAUAUCAGAAAACGUGGGAGGCGAAUACAAACCUACAGUAGGAGUAAGGAUCCUGGAGUUUGAGUGCCCUUUAGAAGGAGGUAGUGAUAACAGAGACUGCAAGGUCGAGCUCUGGGAUUGUUCUGGAGAUUUCAAAUUUGAAUCAUGCUGGCCUAUAUUCAUGAAAGACUGCAAUGGUGUGGUAAUUGUGUUCAAUCCUGACGUCCCAAGCCACCUCAAGGAAAUUGAAACAUGGCAUUCAAUGUUCAUCUCCACCCAUAAUUUACAGGAAAAUCAGUGUCUGCUCAUAGCUCACAACAAACCAGGCAGUGGAGCAGAGAGGGGACACAUUUCCUUAGCCUCGCCUCUGAACAGAUUUCCACUGAUAAAGUCCAAUUUGGAGGAUGAGCCUGAAGAUGUAAGGAAAGCCUUCAACAGAUAUCUAGGAAAAGUUGUGGAAGCUAUGUCAGAGAGUAGGGAGCGAGAGGAGAUGUCGAUUAUUAUGUAAAGAAAUGGUCAAAUCUGUAACUAACCCUGAAUAGACGUGUUUUCUAGUGACCCCAUUAAAUAUGUGAUUUUGACAUAAAA